AUGGGUGUCACAGUUACUACUUUAGAGGAAGGCUCUGGCCCAAGCCCUCAACCGGGUCAGACUGUUAUUAUGGGCUACACGGGCUGGUUGAAGGAUACAUCCCAGCCGGACAAUAAGGGCACACAAUUUGACUCUUCUUACCCGCGAGACGAGCCAGGCAAGGAGGGUUUUAAAACUCAGAUUGGUGUCGGACGGGUUAUCAAAGGCUGGGAUGAAGGUGUACCUCAGAUGAAGCUUGGUGGGAAGGCAAGGCUUGAUAUUUCAAGCGACUACGGAUACGGCCCCAGGGGUUUUCCAGGUGCCAUUCCUCCCAACUCGGACCUCAUUUUCGACGUUCACCUGCUCAAAAUUGAAUAG